AAUCAAUAUGUCACAUAUAUAUUUUUUAUUUUUUUCGACCAAAAAGUAACUUUUAAAAACUAUUAUUUGAUUUGCACUGUUUUUCAUUUCUCUGUUUUUCUGAAAUUUACGUUACUGGUUCUGUUUCUGCUUGUACAUACCACAUUCGUGUCCAGUUUGGCAUUUUGUUUUGGCCAUAUUGUGUUUGGUUCAAUUAGGUGUGCAAGUUGAGUUUCAUGGUGGGGAAGUGGAAUCACUGAAAAUCUAUCAGAGCAUUCUCAGAUCUCAAGGAUCUCAGAAUUUCAGGCUUGAAUUUUGGUUUCUUCUCAAUAAAGUUUUACACUGAGUUUCUGGCUGCUAGUUUUUCUGAGCUCAUUCACUGCUUGUUUGAUCCAAACUCUUCAUUUUUAAGCUGCUUCUACGGUGAAAAUGCAAUUUUGCCAUCUGGGUCGGUUGGAGUAAUGGUCAUUGAAUUGGCUCUUGAGGAAUGUUGCUAUCUUGAUAAGUUUGAGCUUGCUUUAUGGGAAUCUGUUUCCAAUAAUCACUAGUUUUUUUUUUGGUUUGGAUAAGGUGAUAUAGAAUUCAAUUCUCUGCCCAAUCCAAAUGGCAAGUCCAUUUCUCAAUUAUGGUGGUUUUGAAGGAGAGAGAUACUGAACUGAGAAUAGAGAAUGGAAGGUAGUAAUUCAGUAUUUUGGGUACUGGGUUUUUUUCUAGUGAAGUUGUUAGAGAUGUCUCAUGCGGCUCUUUCUCCUUCUGGCAUAAAUUUUGAAGUGGUAGCUCUGAUGUCCAUUAAGAGGAGCUUGGUUGAUCCCUACAAUGUCCUGGACAACUGGGAUAUUAAUUCUGUUGAUCCUUGUAGCUGGAAGAUGAUUACUUGUUCUUCAGAUGGCUCCGUUUCUAUCUUGGGGUCGCCUAGUCAGAAUUUGUCUGGUACUCUAUCUCCUGGGAUUCAAAACCUUACUAACUUGCAAUCUGUGUUGCUUCAAAAUAAUGCCAUAUCUGGUCCAAUUCCUGCUGCAAUAGGCAAGCUAGAAAAACUUCAGAUGCUCGACUUCUCCAAUAACGCAUUUAGUGGUGAGAUACCUAGUUCUUUGGGAGGCCUUAUGAACCUAAAUUAUUUGCGGUUGAAUAAUAACAGUCUCACAGGAGCAUGCCCUAAGUCUCUUAGCAAAAUUGAUGGUCUAACCCUAGUAGACCUAUCUUAUAACAAUCUGAGUGGUUCCUUGCCAAGAAUAUCAGCAAGAACAUUCAAAAUUGUCGGUAACCCAUUAAUUUGUGGCCCAAAAGCAAAUAACUGUUCUACUGUCUUGCCAGAGCCACUUUCCUUCCCUCCAGACACUCUAAGAGAGCAAUCAGACUCCGUUAAAAAAAGCCAUCGUGUGGCGAUUGCUCUUGGUGCAAGUUUUGGUUCUGCUUUUGUCAUUGUGAUUAUUGUCGGGUUUCUCGUUUGGUGGUGGUAUAGAAACAAUAAGCAGAUAUUUUUCGACAUUAAUGAGCAAUAUGACCCAGAGGUGCGCCUUGGUCAUCUAAAGAGGUACUCUUUCAAAGAACUUCGAGCUGCAACAGACCAUUUCAGUUCGAAGAACAUUUUAGGAAGGGGUGGCUUUGGAAUAGUCUACAAGGGCUGCAUGAAUGAUGGGUCUCUUGUAGCAGUUAAAAGAUUGAAUGACUACAAUGUUGCUGGCGGUGAGAUCCAAUUUCAAACAGAAGUUGAGACCAUAGGUUUAGCUGUGCACCGGAAUCUUCUGAGGCUUUGUGGAUUUUGUAGCACUCAGAAUGAAAGGCUCCUCGUAUAUCCUUAUAUGUCUAAUGGAAGUGUAGCAUCUAGGUUAAAAGAUCAUGUUAAUGGUCAGCCAGCUUUAAAUUGGACAAGGCGGAAGAGAAUAGCUAUAGGUACAGCAAGAGGGUUGGUGUAUUUGCACGAGCAGUGUGACCCUAAAAUUAUUCACCGCGAUGUCAAAGCUGCCAAUGUAUUGCUGGAUGAAGACUUUGAAGCAGUUGUUGGUGAUUUCGGUUUAGCUAAGCUUCUGGAUCAGAGAGAUUCCCAUGUGACAACGGCAGUGCGUGGCACCAUUGGCCACAUUGCUCCGGAGUACUUAACUACAGGUCAAUCAUCAGAAAAGACUGAUGUGUUUGGGUUUGGAAUCUUGCUGCUUGAGCUGAUCACUGGCCACAAGGCUCUAGAUUUCGGGCGAGCGGCAUCCCAGAAAGGUGUCAUGCUUGAUUGGGUUAAGAAGCUCCACCAGGAUGGAAGAUUAAACCAAAUGGUGGAUAAAGAUCUAAAGGUUAACUUUGAUUCGAUUGAAUUAGAAGAGAUGGUUCAGGUUGCACUAUUGUGUACACAGUUUAAUCCUUCUCGUCGUCCCAAGAUGUCAGAAGUAUUGAAGAUGUUGGAAGGAGAUGGCUUAGCUGAAAGAUGGGAAGCUUCUCAGAUGAUUGAGACGCCAAGGUUCCAGUCUUGUGAAAACAAGCCUCAAAGAUAUUCAGAUUUUAUUGAAGAAUCUUCACUCAUGGUAGAAGCUAUGGAGCUUUCUGGCCCUAGGUGACUAGCAUCUUGUUUUUCACUUUUUCCACUAUAGCUCACUCUUAAAUGGGAAUAUAUGUUGGUUUCAAAAGCUAUGAUUGCUUGUAUUCAUUUGUAUAAAGAAAAUAGGAAGUCAUGUAUUAUAAAAGCAUCUCUUGUCAUGUUGUAAUGUCAAUUUAGUUGGUUUGUUUAGAAGAAUUGGAAUAAUUUUUAGCACAUAUUAGAUGGUUGCACUUAACCUCAUCUUGCCCUCUAUCAGGGGUGCUCAUGAGACGGGUUAUGAUAGCUUUGUUGAUCCAAGUUUAAUCCUAA